AUGUCUGAAGGAGAGAGCCGGAAAGAGCCGGAUAAGCGUGUUCCUAGGUUUACCUUGCUUGUAGGGAUGUCUGAAGGAGAGAGCCUGAGAGGCGGAGAAAGAGAGAGCCGGAAAGGCGGAGAUAGAGAGAGGCGGAGAGAGGCGGAGAGAGAGAGAGGCGGAGAGAGGCGGAGAGAAGCGGAGACAGAGAGAGGAGGAGAGAAGCAGAGACAGAGAGAGGCGGAGAGAGGCGGAGAGAGGCGGAGAGAGGUGGAGAGAACCGGAGACAGAGAGAGGGGGAGAGAGGCGGGGAGGCGGAGAUAUAGAGAGAGGAAGAGGCGGAGAGACGGAGAGGCACAGAGUAGGGGACGGACGAAGGGGUUACACCGGAGAUAG